UAAAGGUAGCAAACUCAAUAAUCUUGUGAAAUGGGAUGCAGUUGCAAAAGCCCUACAGCAUGGAGGCCUUGGAAUUGGUAAUCUGAAAAAUAAUAAUUUAACACUUCUAUUUAAAUGGAAUUGGAGAUUCUUGAAUGAACAAGACUCUACGGUGCAAAGUGGUUAAAAGCAUACAUGGAGUAGAUCCUCAUUAUUGACAUACUUCUGGAAAGUUUGGUUUGAGUUUGAGAAGCCCUUGGAUUAGCAUAUCAAAGACUUGGAGCGAAUUCGGCCCCUUGGUUAGAUUUAAACUUGGCAAUGGUUGUAACAUUUUCUUUUUGGCUUGAUUCUUGUGUUCAGAUUGUGCUUUUAAGAUGAGCUUUCCAAGACUUUUUCGCAUUGCUUCAAUCCCAAAUGGGAGUGUUAAUGAUCAUUGGGAUGUGGCUACUUGCACUUGGAAUUUUCUGUUCCGAAGGCUAUUAAAAGAAGAGGAGAUAAUUGAAUUCCAACAGCUACUAUGCCAGGUUGAAGGAGUUGGGGUUAAUCAAUCUUCUGAUUCAAGGCUUUGGUCCUUGGAUGCUUCAGGGAGGUACUCGGUCAAUGUCUAAGCAUCUGAAUGAUUCUUCUCCUAUUGACGAGCAGUUAUUUCAUGCUUUUUGGACUAAAGGUCCAAAGAGAGUUAACAUACUGUCAUGGAUUGUGAUAUAUGGAUGUCUUAAUUGCUCGGGAACUUUGCAGCAUAAGCUUUGGGACCAAUUUUUGCCCCCUUCUAUUUGUCCACUUUGUUUAGCAAAUGGUGAAGAUUUGCAGCAUCUGUUGAUUACUUGCUCAUUUUUCAGCAUUUGUUGGCUGAAGUUAUUCUCUUAUUUAAACUAACAUUGGGUUUUUGGGCAAUUAAUUAGGGAGAACGUCUCUCAAUUGUUGGUUGGUCCGUAUUAUCCUCCAAAGCCUAGAUUCUUUGGUCCAAUGCAGUUAAAGUCUUGAUUUAAGAGACUUGGUUUGAACGCAAACAGAGAGUAUUUCAUUGUAAGCCUUCUGAUUGGUCAGAUUGUUUUGGUUUGGUCGUCUCCUUGCUUCUUCUUGGUGUGCUCAAUCCAAGCUAUUUGCAGAUUACUCAAUUCAAGAUAUAUGUCUUAAUUGGAAUGCAUUUAUCUCAUCUAUAUAGUUUUGUAUCUAAGACUUACUGAUUUCAUGUAUUGGGAUAUGAUGAGGGUACUAUGGAUGUCAACCUAGUUGAGAUACCCAGCAUGGAGUUCCUUUCUAGAUCUUCGGGAGGAGAUGGUCCUCUUGUGGCCUUUGGUGGAGUAGAUGGUGUUAUCAGGGUCCUUUCAAUGCUAACCUGGAAGCUGGUGCGCAGAUAUACUGGAGGUCACAAAGGAUCAAUCUCCUGUUUGAUGACCUUCAUGGCUUCCUCGGGUGAGGCACUUCUGGUAUCUGGUGCUAGUGAUGGCUUACUUGUACUCUGGAGUGCAGACAACAGCCAAGAUUCACGAGAACUUGUACCAAAACUAAGCUUAAAAGCACAUGAUGGUGGGGUAGUGGCUGUUGAACUUUCCAGAGUGAUUGGAGGUGCUCCACAGCUUAUCACGAUUGGUGCGGACAAAACACUUGCAAUUUGGGAUACUAUCUCUUUUAAGGAACUGCGUCGCAUUAAACCUGUUCCAAAAUUUGCCUGCCAUAGUGUUGCAUCUUGGUGUCAUCCUCGAGCUCCGAACCUUGAUAUUCUCACUUGUGUUAAAGAUUCCCACAUAUGGGCUAUCGAGCACCCCACGUACUCAGCUCUCACAAGACCACUUUGUGAACUUUCUUCCCUUGUCCCUCCUCAAGUACUUGCUCCAAACAAGAAAGUUAGGGUUUACUGUAUGAUUGCUCAUCCAUUACAACCUCAUCUUGUUGCUACUGGAACCAAUAUUGGUGUUAUCAUCAGUGAACUUGAUGCUAGAUCUCUUCCAGCAGUAGCUCCUCUUCCAACUCCAUCAGGCGGACGAGAGCAUUCUGCUGUUUAUAUUGUUGAAAGGGAGCUAAAGUUGCUAAAUUUUCAGUUGUCUCACACUACAAAUCCAUCUUUGGGAAAUAAUGGAUCCUUAUCUGAAGGAGGAAGGUUAAAGGGAGAUGAGCUGCUACAAGUCAAGCAGGUCAAAAAACACAUCAGCACUCCAGUUCCACAUGAUGCGUAUUCAGUUCUUUCCGUUAGCAGUUCCGGAAAGUACCUUGCUAUAAUUUGGCCUGAUAUUCCGUACUUUUCCAUCUACAAAGUAAGUGACUGGUCCAUUGUUGAUUCUGGAAGUGCGAGGCUUUUGGCCUGGGAUACAUGUCGAGACAGGUUUGCAUUACUGGAAUCUGCUAUACCUCCUAGAUUUCCUGUAAUUCCCAAGGGGGGAUCAUCAAGGAGAGCAAAGGAGGCUGCAGCAGCGGCAGCACAAGCGGCUGCAGCAGCUGCUUCUGCUGCUUCCUCAGCCAGUGUUCAAGUUCGUAUAUUACUUGAUGAUGGGACAUCAAACAUAUUGAUGAGGUCUAUAGGUAGCCGCAGUGAACCGGUUGUUGGUUUGCAUGGUGGGGCUCUUCUUGGAGUUGCAUAUCGAACAUCUAGGAGAAUUAGUCCUGUUGCUGCCACAACAAUUUCAAUGAUGCCUUUAUCAGGAUUUGGCAACAGUGGUGUUUCUUCCUUUACAAGUUUUGACGAUGGUUUUUCAUCCCAUAAAUCUUCAUCUGAAACAACACCACCAAACUUUCAAUUGUAUAGCUGGGAAACUUUUCAGCCUGUUGGUGGGCUUCUGCACCAGCCAGAAUGGACUGCAUGGGACCAAACUGUUGAAUAUUGUGCUUUUGCAUAUCAGCAUUACAUUGUCAUAUCUUCUUUGCGGCCUCAGUAUAGAUACUUGGGAGACGUAGCAAUUCCAUAUGCUACUGGAGCUGUUUGGCACCGUAGACAACUGUUUGUGGCUACUCCGACUACCAUAGAAUGUGUUUUUGUGGAUGCUGGAGUUGCGCCCAUUGACAUUGAGACGAGAAGGAUGAAAGAAGAGAUGAAGUUGAAAGAUGCACAAGCUAAAGCCAUUGCUGAGCAUGGGGAGUUAGCUCUUAUCGCUGUAGAUGGUCCUCAAACUGUUACCCAAGAAAGGAUAACGUUGAGGCCCCCAAUGCUUCAGGUCGUGCGAUUAGCAUCAUUUCAGCAAGCUCCUUCUGUACCACCAUUUUUAUCAUUACCCAAACAGUCGAAAGCAGAUGCAGAUGAUUCAAUGAUGCAAAAAGAUUUUGAAGAAAGAAAAGCAAAUGAGAUAGCAGUUGGUGGUGGUGGAGUGUCAGUGGCAGUUACUCGUUUCCCAGCUGAGCAGAAACGUCCUGUCGGAUCUCUAGUUGUGGUUGGUGUUAGAGAUGGAGUUCUCUGGUUAAUUGACAGGUAUAUGAGUGCACAUGCUCUAUCCUUGAAUCAUCCUGGUAUCCGUUGUCGGUGUCUUGCUGCCUAUGGUGAUGCAGUCAGUGCUGUCAAAUGGGCAAGUAGGCUUGGUAGAGAGCAUCAUGAUGACUUAGCUCAAUUUAUGCUCGGUAUGGGUUAUGCUACGGAAGCUCUACAUCUGCCUGGAAUAUCUAAGAGAUUGGAAUUUGAUCUGGCUAUGCAAGGAAAUGAUUUAAAAAGAGCGCUUCAGUGUCUGCUUACUAUGAGCAACAGCAGGGACAUGGGCCAAGAUAAUGCAGGGCUUGAUUUGAAUGACAUUCUUAGCUUAACAACUAAAAAGGAAGAUAUGGUUGAAACGUUUCAAGGAAUUGUGAAAUUUGCAAAAGAGUUUUUGGAUUUGAUUGAUGCUGCGGAUGCUACUGGACAAGCUGAUAUUGCUCGUGAGGCCCUAAAGAGGUUAGCUGCUGCAGGCUCCUUGAAAGGUGCAUUACAGGGUCAUGUGUUAAGAGGAUUGGCUCUGCGAUUAGCAAAUCAUGGGGAGUUGACGCGACUGAGUGGAUUGGUAAGCAAUUUGAUCUCAGUCGGCUCGGGGCGCGAAGCAGCAUUUGCAGCAGCAGUUUUGGGAGACAAUGCUCUCAUGGAAAAAGCAUGGCAAGACACAGGAAUGCUGGCGGAAGCUGUGCUUCACGCUCAAGCUCAUGGGCGACCGACAUUGAAAAGCUUGGUCGAGUCUUGGAACAAGAUGCUACAGAAGGAGAUGGAGCACACCUCGUCAGAAAAGACUGAUGCCACAGCUGCAUUUUUUGCAUCCCUUGAGGAACCAAAACUCACAAGCUUGGCAGAUGCAGGUAAGAAGCCUCCAAUUGAAAUUCUUCCUCCAGGAAUGCCAACUCUUUCAUCUUCUAUUCUCGGUCCAAAGAAGCCAACGCCUGGAGCACAAGGUGCAUUGCAGCAACCAGCCAAGCAAUUACUGUUGGAGGCACCACCUGCUAAUCCACAACCACCACCAGAAGGUACACCGAUCCAAUCAGAACCAAGUGAACAGACUUUGGACGGUAAUGCCCCAACUUCAACAGCAGCUACGGACACAUCUCCGACUACUCCAGCAGAAAAUGUUCCUACAACAUCAAAUGGUUCAGAGCCAUUUGAUGUCCAAUUAGCGUCCUCAACACCAGUAGAGACUCAAAUACCACUGUCGUCUGUAAAUAAUACCGCACGUCCAGAGGCCGUGUUAGAGUCGCCUGAGGCUCAGAAUUCCUCUGUUCCAAAUUCAUCAUCCACAAACAAUGCACCGCCACCCUUAGAGGCCCCAUCUGAGGUGCCAGAGCUUCAGAAUACCCCUCUUCCAAACGUAUCACAAAUUUAAAAUCUAGCUACAGUUGAGUAUAGAAGGUGAGAUUGAUUUUGGUACCAGCUGUUGCGGCCUCUUGACCGAAGCACCAACCCACCUCACACCCAAGGGGUACUAACUAAUUGCUGAGUCCUCUCUGAACCGCAGGUUGUAAUGUAUUCUUCAUGUGUUUGAACUCUUGCCUAUUGUGCUAUAUAAAGUUGCAUAUAUUCUUUUGUUCGUUAUUGCAUCAGAACACAUUUCAUUAUAUAUACAGUUCAAUCUGUAAAUUUUUUCUGGUGUGAUUUUGUAAUUUAGUGUUAGCUAAAACGUAGGAUCGGUCUCGGGUUUUGACUUUCGUUUUACACUGUUCAAUAUAUUAGUUCUUAGUAUUUUUCCUUGUUUUA